AUUUCGGAGCAACUCUGAUUUUUUGAGCAAUUUUUUGGGAAAUCAUGAACAACUUUUUGGAGCAAUUUGUGGACARCCCUACCCCUAAGUACUAUUAGGGAAGCGAGCGUUGCGUGAUGACACUAAUAGCGGCUGCGUGGACUAGUUAAAAAAUUUAAAUUUUCAGAAGAUGGUAGAUGCAAAUAACGAGUGGGCCAAAGCUAUUGCUUCUACUGCUGAGACAAAUUCCGUCUUUCGUGCCGAAAAGAAAGACAUUCAAGAAUGGUUUGAUUCCAGAGCUCAAGGCUACGAUGAGAGAGUCAAAUUCCUUGGUUACCUUUCUCCUAAAAAUGGUGCAAAGAAGCUCAUAGAGUUCCUUGAGCAGCUCAAGUUUGGGACAGACUGUAGGAUACUUGAUGUUGGGUCUGGCACUGGAUUGGUAGGUGAAGAGCUCAAAAGGUUGAACUACACUAAUCUUGAUGCUCUGGAGCCAUCAGAGAAGAGCAAUGAUGUAGCCAGAGCCAAAGGGCUUUAUAAUAAUAUAUUUGUUGAGAUUCUUGGCUCAGAUAAACAGCUUUCCAUUCAAUCCAAUACCUAUGAUGCAGUCGUAAGCAUAGGAGUAUUUUCAAAAGGGAUUGUGAAAGCAGAAGGAGCGAUGGAUGAAAUGGUGCGAGUGGUCAAGCCUGGUGGAUUGAUUUGCUUCUCAAUACGAGAAGAUGUAAUGUUCGACAAGGAAUAUGGCCAUGAGGCUAAGAUGGCAGAACUGAGUGACAACAAAGCCUGGAAACUCCUAUCUAAAACCAAGGAGCCCUAUAUACCUGGUUACAAAGAAUGUUAUAUGUUUGUAUACCAAGUCUUGUGAGAACAACAAGAAAUACAACAUUCAACUAGAUACACCUCUUUUUUAGCAUCUUAAUUUGAAUUGUAAUUAUAGACACCCCCUUCCCCCUCCCCAAAGUGCCACUACGCAGGCUAAUAAUUAUAGAUGUCUGUCUUACUUUUGAACCUGCACCAAAUAGCUUUAAGCUACCAGCAGAUAAACAAUGCAAGUGUAAUAAUUCAAAUCAAUCAAAGUCAAACAUUCCCUCUGAAACAAGCCUUGGGCUUCCUGUGGUGUAGCUGGGUACUUUGUAAAUCAAGUCUUGUAAGAAGAGAUGAUUUCAUUCAAUAAGACAAGGAUAUUUGGUGUCAUCAAGGUAAGACACACAUACACUCAGAUAUAUUGACAAUUUUCAAAUAAUCUGGAAAAACAAAAUUUCUGGGGUGAAGAUAGCCAUGCCACGUACCCCUGACUUUUUUUUAGUUUAUCUGACUAUACAAGAGCUCUAAAUAAACACCCAUGAAUCUUAAAGUCA